AUGCCCAUAGUUGGUGUCUGUGUCUAUUGGACCGGUAUCCAGAGGGGACAACAGUACCACAAUUUGCAUAGAACGCAAUUCAGCAUGGCCUCCGGCUUUCGAAGGUUGGCAUCAGACCAUGCCUCUCUCCACAGAGACGGCAUGCCGCCCCACUACCUCUUCUCCCCUGCAAACAACGCGUCUUCGCCAUUUCCAGAUGACCUCACUCAACUCGUUGUCCUUCUUACGGGGUCUCUGGGCGAUUACAUCUACGCAUGCCUGAAGAUUAUCCCCAGAGCCCUCCCAAAAGCAGCGUUUAGGACACGGAUAUGGCACCCGAAUGUCGACGAGUCGACGGGCGCGGUUUGUGUAGAUACUCUUGAAGAAAGAUUGGGACCCGAAGCUGACGUUGAGGGAUGUUUGAUCCCGGCAGCCUGCUCCAGGAUGACUAUGACGCGUUCGCACGAGCAGGCAGAGUUGAUGACUUCCAUCCAUGCGCCAAUACCCAAGGACAUGAAUGAUGCCGUCAUGGAGGCUAAGAGAAGGGGGGAUGAGAGUGGCGUUAACGUUCCAGAAAACAAAGGUCGCUCAGCAGAGGCGAUAAUAACCUCGCGCAAAACGGCCCUCACCUCGUCCUUGUCCACAGUCAUCAUGAAAAAGGCGGUUGCUCAUAAGAAUCAAACCAGCCAGCGGAUCGAGAAACUAGAUAUCAGAGUUAAAGAAACCUCUCAGAACGAACUACUGUCAUCAUCAUCAUCAUCAUCAUCAUCAUCACAGUCGUCAUCAUCUUUGUCACCGUUCGCGCAAGAUCGACGACCGGCCCACGAAGAUGAAUCGGAUAAUGAGGAUACCGGCGGCCCAUCCAAGGAAAAUGACCCUUCACUUUCACCUUGCCCCGUAGUCAUCACUACGCCGUCGAACUCGCGGAAGAGUGUACUCGGAAAGCGUCCACUUGCCGUUCUCGAGAGCGCCAGUGAACCUGAGUUGGGCCCAGUCGAUUAUUCCUACGAUGCUGAUGUUAAUGUCAAUGCACAUUCCCAUUCCCAAGACGACGACGUCGACGGCAUGACUCCCUCUGAGAGGAAUAUCGCCGCAAACGCCCGAGCGAGUGAGCAACAGCAACCCCUAAAAUCCCCCAAACUCUCAGUAUUGGGCAGAGGUGUCAACUCUUCCGGUCGGGUGCGGGACGAUUAUCCCGAGCGUAUUGUUUCAGCCCUUGAAUGUAAUAAUAGCAAUAAGGAUUCACAUGGCAAUGGCGGGAAGCGGGUUGACAGGUCCUCUCGACAAAGCUCGAUAUUUGGCCUGUCACAACCACUACCAUCACAGCUGCUCCUACAUUUGUCGAAUGAGAAGCCCAGUGGCGGCGGCAAGGAGAAUGACGCGUCUACGACUACUACUUCUUCCAUUCUUCCUGCCUCUACAACAAUUGUUACCACUACGGCCACGUUUACAUCUAGCACAGAUAAACCAGAACAACCACAACCAUCCGGGCCAGCAUCAGGAUCGGGGAAAUUGACAGAAACCAUCCCCCUAUCCCGUACACAUCCACCAAACAAUCAUAAACCCGCAAAAGCCCCACAGCAGCCGUCAUCGGUUCGCUCAUCGAUGUCUGUGUCCAAGUCGUCGACGAAGAAUAACAGCAAUUCUACCACUAAUAAGAACAGGGCGGCACAGAAGGUUUCGUCAGCAGCCGCCAAAGCAAAGGUAACAAGGGUUGGCUUGAGGCGUCUAUCAGAUGAGGGACGGUUUUGUGGGUAG